AUGUUGCUAACCCCUGGGAGAGGAAACAACUCACGAGCGAGCCAUACCUCGCAUGAAGGGAAAGCAUCAUCACAAGUGGGAGACCCACCAAAGGGAUGCAAGCAGUAUAGGUACCAGUUCGUAGAAAGCUCCUUCAACACCACCGAUCAGCUUAACACUUGUGCACUGGACAUUGGAGGUACGCUGAUAAAAGUGGUCUACCUCAGUGACCAAUACAUAACUGAUGGACGUCACCCCACUGGGAAUACCCCAUUCUUAAGUAUCAGAAUUAAAGAGGGACAGAAUCUGCAUCUCCACUUCUUCAAAACAAAUGAACUUAACGAGACCUUAUCUUUUUUAACUGAAAAUGGAUUGGUCAGACAGAAAAUACUUUUAACUGGUGGGGGGGCUCACAAGUAUUUCUUUGAUAUAAUUAAUCAGAUCGUCAAACAUGAGGUGAUUUUUCGGGGGCUUAUUUCCGAGGAGGACUUCCCCCUGUGGGUUUCCAGUACCUACCACUGCGAGACGUCACGGAGUCUAGCGGUGGAGCUACAGCUGAGGGAGAGUCCCCUUACUGAUAGCCAUAGGCACAAGGGGGUCCCCUUCAGCAAAUCCCUGCUGGACUCCUUCCCCACCUGCGAAGCGGUUCGCGUCUAUUUGGUGCACCCAAAGGCGGGGCAGAAAGAGAGAGAAGGCUCUAUGCCCACUCAGGCGAAUUGCGAACAUGUGGGGAAAGCAAACGGUGAGGGAGACAAGUGCCCGGAAAGAGACUUCCCAGGUGAACUAAUUCUACAGUGCAGUAGGAAGGACGAAAUGCAUUGCGUGAUGAAUGGACUGUACAAACUACUUAGUGUAAAAAAGAGUGUGGUAAGAUACGAUUUAUUUUUAAAAACGCAAGUUCCUGUUGGAGUGAAACUUCCCUAUGAACCCUUCAUGAUUGCUAACAUAGGAUCCGGCAUUUCGAUUUUAUUGUCCAAUGGACCCAAUAUGUAUAAAAGGAUCGGUGGGACAGCCAUCGGUGGGGGGACGCUCAUGGGCCUGGCUCAACUCAUUUUACAGAAGGUAUCGUUUGAAGAGCUUAUCCAGUUGGCUUCGCCCUGGGAGGGGACAACCUCUCCAUUGGGGCAAUCUUCCCCGUUAGGACACGCUCCCCCAUUCGACCUAACCCUGAGACAUAUUCGAAAAGACGCAGCUCGCAUCGGCGCCCCCGCGUAUGCAGAGGACGCCCUGGCAGCGUGCUUCGGAUUCUUGAGCAACAUUGUAAAAACGAAAAAUGUUGAAGGCACGAAAUCACUUGGGCAGGCUGUAGCAAGGAGCCUCAUUAGGAUGGUAUCGUACAAUAUAGGCUACUUGGUUCACCUCCUUGCACGGAUCCACGGAGUCCGCAGACUAUUCUUCUCUGGAAAAUACAUAAGUAACCACGAAUGUAUCAUGGAGUCUCUUACCCUGGGGGUGUACUACUAUUAUAUGUACUGCCAUACCAAGGAGGGGGAAGCAAAUGACAGGUGUAGCGGCAAGUCAAUCGAUGGGGGAAGUGUCACUUGUGAAAUGCAGACCUCCUACGGGGAGGGUGGAACUCGUGUGAAACCCUCCUAUCACUGUCCUUUUCACCGACGGGUAAGCUAUCAAGAGAGGGGCAGGGGGACGGUAUCAACUAUUCCCUCGCGUCCGUUUGGUACACCUUCUUGA